UACCACCUGAUUCCUUUAAUCACUUCGAUUCAGCCUCCAUAACUUUGAUGCUUCUUUACGCGCCAUAUUCUGUCUGUGCUGUGUCGGCGUAAAUCAUAUGUUCAAUAUUUAAUUCACCCAAGGCUUAUAUUUAUAGCUGAUAGCUGGUUAAUAUUCGUGUUUAAGUCUUUUAUUUGGUUCCGUGUGUGUCACUUUUUAGCCAGCAUAUUAACAUGUCUGAAAUGUACAGAGAAGUUCCUUUGAUCCAGCAAGCAAAUGUUGGUGGCAACGAAUCAAAAUCGCUAAGCAUUUCUUCUGGUGGUUACAAUGCUAUGCUUAUGGACUCGAAAACGCCCGAAAUUGCUGGUGGCUUCCGAUUAAACCAUAUCGUCAACGGAGUGACGCUCUUAAAUCGUUUCAUAUACUGGCGAACAUGCAGAGAAACCAUUUUAUUUAGCGAAAUAUGUUUGGACAGAAACGACAUUUACUUUGAAAUGAAAAUAACUUUUGAAGGAAGUCCUGUUCUUGCAAUACAAUGCUGCAAAACUUCAAAUUCUCCAUUAAUCAUGAUAAUCGUUACAACUGCUUUUGUUCAUCGGAUAUCAGUUGAAAUGCCUGCAUCAAUGGAUCACCAGAAACGUUUUCUACAUGAUUCUAUUAUAUCUCAUCUAAAUGAAAACAACAUGUUGGAUCCUUUAAACUGUUAUAAUUUUACUAAUGAUAUAGGACAAGUAGUUCCGGUCGCUGCAACUGUCACCAAUACAAGUAAUAAUAUGCAAUGCCAAAUUGCAAUCGCAUGUACAAAUUCUCUUCAUUUACUGGCGUUAAGAAUAGAAGGCGAUAAAAUUGAGGCUAACUGCUCUGAACUCGAUCACAAUCCUUUAACCAUCUCCAAAUUAAUUCAUUCAAUUGCUGAUUCUUGGCGAGGAAAAUCUGAUUCUAGUCAAGUAGUCACAUUGUCAUUUGACCAAGGGAUGUCAGAGAAUCAAACAUUCCUUUAUACGUUGCAUCGAAAUGGAACAUUGCGCGUAUGGCUCCUUAGUGGCCGAUGUUUGGCUUCGGAAUAUUUGUCAAAAUACACCCAAAGCAGUGAAACAGAAUUUCAUACUUCUAUCUUACGGUGCUCACAGUCAUUGCUAGCCUUAUAUUUUUCGUUUCAAACGUUUUCGGAGUUCAUAGUAAUACGUCCAGAAGUUUCAUACGAUUCUAGUACGGGAGCUAUUUCAUCGGUUGUAUUGAAAACACAAUGUACUAUUUUAGCGCCGAAUAACGAUCUUAUUGAUUUCAAACUAAGUGAUGAGCGUUUAUGGACAUUAUGGUGCAACGCUGAAGGUGAAACACAAGCAUUGUUUUAUGAACUUAACGUCGAAGGUAAUGAAAAUAUACAUAAUGUGUGGUCUCCUGUAAUUUUGGAAAACAUAAGCGAUAAAGAACAUCAACCACUAGAAGCUGGCAUUAACCUGAAAGAUGUCUACUGUAAUCGCAUUUUUCAGUCUGGUAUUUUUUCAGAUACAGUUAUCAGAAAAUCGCUGUUGAUGUUUAAUCGUAAUAUUGCAAGUGUAACAACUAAUUCAAGUGGAAUGUAUUCUAGCAUGCUAAGAUUGAAGCGUUACGCAAUAACUUGCAUGGAAAACCAGUUACAAUUAGAAUGCGUCUCGUUGCGACAAAAUGGCCCUUUGGACGAGGAUCAAAUACAAGAAAUAUCAAAUGGUUUAUGGGAGAAAUUUUACUUGUAUUGCAUGCAGUACCGGUUUGAAUCUUCUCGACCAAUUGGAUUGUUCAUUUGCGAAAAAGAACAAAAAAAUACAUCAUUUUUUAAUGCUGGAAUAAUAAGAGAAAAAUAUGUUAGUUUCUUUCGCAUUUGUGACGGCGUAGAGUUUGCGUUUUUUGCGCCAAUCAUUUAUGAUCGCUUAUGGCCCAUCGAAAAUGUGCAUAAAGACGAGCACGAAAUGAUGCUCCUUGUGACAUUUUUGAGUGAAGUCGAACAAGCACUUACCAUGGAUCAAAAAGAUAAACUCGACAGUUUCAUACAUCAACGGCAAGGAUGGGAAAACAACGAUAAUAAUUUAUCGCUUAUAGGAGCAGCUCAACAUCAACUUCUAGUGCUUAAAUUGUUACCUGGUUUUUUACAACGCAUUUCUAAUUUGCCAAAAGCAAUCGAGACAUUUCUUGAGUACUUACAACCAGUAAAUAAAGAACAAUAUAUUUCAGAAUGUCAGAGAAAAUCACAUGGAUGUACAGUAUACGGUAGUAAUGAAUUAUCUAAUGAAAUAGCAUUAUCAACAGCAAAACAAACAAUACAGUUGCGAUAUAUCCUACUACGUAACCUGUUACUGGUACAACACGUAAUGGAACGUCAUAGCCAUUUCCACUAUCAUAUCAUCGAUGCAAUACAGUCAAAAAUUCGUCCAGACACUGAAAACACAUUAAGAUGUUAUCAUGUUAUGAAUUGGAUAGCACACAGGCAAUUAGAUAUUGACUGGACCAAAUGCAACAACAUCCAAACCUCUUUUUCGUUCAUGGCUCGAACAUCUGUCACUUUACUACAAGCUUACGCAGUUUCUCAACUGAGUAAUGAGAUAUUGUUUAGGACAAACGCAGUAUCGUCACUUCAUACAAUUAAUCUACUAACCUUGCGACAGAAAACAAACUUAAUUAUUGCGUACAUCUGCCCCUCUAGUGAUGAUUUCUUGUUCGGUGAAUGGCUUUCGAAGAAUGAGUUACAUGUACAUAUAGACGAGUAUGUUCGUUUGUUAUGCAAUUGGUGCCAAUGGAACAGCUGCUCAAGAAACUUCAUUAAAGCAAAGUCUUGCCUGGCGAUAGGAGAUACAUUUAAAGCACUUGAUCUUUUCCCGUUAUCUUGGAAAGGAAUACAUAAUGAGCGAAUGUUGAAAAAAAUCUUGUGCCAAGAUGAAAAAUUACCUGUCAUAACGCCAUAUGCCUCACUUUCUGCAUUUCAUUUGAAACUUAUUCGUCUUUUUCGAAAAUAUGGAGCUCAUGAUGGUGUUCUCAAAUUAGUGCAUUCUGGAAUCGACAAUACGCUUCAACCAGUACAGCAGACUAUGUUUCAGAGCAUUGAAUUCAGCUGCCACGUUGAUUUGGGACAUUAUGAAGAAGCCUAUAACACUCUAAUAAAAAAUUGUGAACCAGCUCGCAAAAAAGAUUGUUUGAGACAAUUAGUUUGUCUAUUGUUUGCUGUGAGACGUUUGGAUAUACUUUUAGAUUUACCUUACUAUGGAUUGGAAGAAGAAUUCACCAGCAUUGUAGGCAUGAGUGCUCGUUCUGCAGAUAUCAGUGAUUGCAUACAAUAUGAUUUUCUGUAUUCAUUUUAUAUGAACAAAAAAAAUUUACGUAGAAGCGCUAUUAUAUCUUAUGAAGAAUGCAUGAGAAAUUGUUUUGAAUGUAGCAGUCUCAAUCACCUUAACAGAUACUUUAAUUGUAUAAUGAAAUGUUUAAAUUCGUUGAGCGUCACCCAAGAAUCUUAUGCUUGGAUUGAUUGUCCAAUCAUCGAUAAAAUCGAGGCAAGCCAUAUCGCCCAGGACGACAAAAUUGAAAUAGUUGAUGCAAAACGACUUGAAGAACAGCUAAUAACUGUGCAUUGUGCUCUUUUGCUUUCUACAAAAAAUGAAGGUUGCAAGCUUGUUACAUCGCUUGAUGCCACCAAUCUAAUUUCAUUAAUGUUGAAGCAAAAACUAUAUCGUUCUGCAAUGAAAUUAGCGCGAUGCCGUGCGCGGUCCAUGGUGCCAACUAUUUACGAACAUUUAACGAGCUCCUGCAUAGAAGCAUCCUCUUCCGCGAAUUUUACUGCGUCGACGAUUGAUGCAAUUGAAGAUGAUGCUGGUAUACCAUGGCUAAAUGAUAAUGGAGUGUCAGAUGUAUUGUCUGUUUCUCAUAGUGUUACAUCUGUAUGGAACUAUCUACGUUAUACUUUGGACCAAGAAGAGGAUACUCUGGUUAUCGACGCAUAUUUGGCGGUAUUUAAUCGCAUUCUAUCAAGAUGUGCGUAUAUUCCGUCAUGGCUGAAAAACUGGUGCUUCGAAAAUAUACCCAUCCAGUUCAUUCGUGCUUAUCUACGCCAUGGUCGUUUGGAAGAAGCUUACGAAUAUACAAUAGAGUUGUUUCGGACGAAUUUUUUUAGUGCCGGCCGAUUUAAUCAGCAUACAAUUUUCCCACUUACGAUGUGUGAGUAUUUGCUGUAUGAACUGGAUAAUUCUUCAAUCCAUGAUAAAAAGAAGCAUCUGGAAUGUUAUUUGCGAAUAAUUGAAGUGGCUCUUUAAUGCACAUACACAUAAAUGUGCUUCAAAUUAGUAAAAAAUAGAAAAUUUUCUAAGAAAUAAAGUAUCUUUCAACAGAUCUCCAACAAAUAA